AUAGAGUUUAGCGGCCGGAGAGACCCUGCGGGGAGGUGGCAGGAGAGACUAGAAACAGCUGCCGGAGGUGACGGAGCGGCGGCCCCGCCUGGGUCUCUGGAAGACGAAGCUUGCAGGUAGCAGCCCUCAGAGUCUAAUCCUGGGUACGGCGCACCAGUCUGCGGGAGCCCCGGUCUCUGGGCGGCCUCUUUAAGGGAGGAGGCGGAGCCACGGGGAAGGAUCGUGAGGCUCCAGGCAUCCUGAGCCCAGGUCCCCCCAGCUCAGUGCAGCCAUGAGUGCCGAGGUGAAGGUGACAGGGCAGAACCAAGAGCAAUUUCUGCUCCUGGCCAAGUCGGCCAAGGGGGCAGCGCUGGCCACACUCAUCCACCAGGUGCUGGAGGCCCCUGGUGUCUACGUGUUUGGGGAACUGCUGGAUAUGCCUAAUGUUAGAGAGCUGGCCGAGAGUGACUUUGCUUCCACAUUCCGCCUGCUCACGGUGUUUGCUUACGGAACAUAUGCUGACUACUUAGCUGAAGCCCGGAAUCUUCCCCCACUCACGGAGGCUCAGAAGAAUAAGCUUCGGCACCUCUCUGUCGUUACCCUCGCUGCCAAAGUCAAAUGUAUCCCAUAUGCAGUGUUGCUGGAGGCCCUUGCCCUGCGAAAUGUGCGGCAGCUGGAAGACCUUGUCAUUGAGGCCGUGUAUGCCGACGUGCUUCGUGGCUCCCUGGACCAGCGCAAUCAGCGGUUGGAGGUUGACUACAGCAUUGGGCGGGACAUCCAGCGCCAGGACCUCAGUGCCAUCGCCCGAACCCUACAGGAGUGGUGUGUGGGCUGUGAGGUAGUGCUGUCAGGCAUUGAGGAGCAGGUGAGCCGUGCCAACCAGCACAAGGAGCAGCAGCUGGGCCUGAAGCAGCAGAUUGAGAGUGAGGUCGCCAACCUUAAGAAAACCAUUAAAGUUACCACAGCAGCAGCAGCUGCAGCCACAACUCAGGACCCUGAGCAACACCUGACUGAACUGCGGGAACCAGCUGCUGGCACCAACCAGCGCCAGCCCAGCAAGAAAGCCUCAAAGGGCAAGGGCUUCUCUUUCUCUCUCCCCCUUGCCAGGCUCCGAGGGAGCGCCAAGAUUUGGUCCAAGUCGAACUAAAGGGACUAUCAUUUUUCCCCCUGGAGAUAGGGGGUCCUAGCUGCCUGCCUGACCCUUAGGAGUCCUCAAAGAGCCUUCCUGUGCCCCUGGCCAGCUGAUAAUCUUAGGUUCAUGACCUUUCACCUCUCUUCUCUCCCCUACCCCCAAGCAUAGGUCACACCCACCUUCUUUAGGGGGGAGGCAAGUAUAAGUCAUGUUUUUGUUGGUACUUUUUGUUUUCUGUGACUUUCUUAUGUGUCCCAUUGUCCCCCUCACCCUUCCUACCGUGCUCUCCCUCCUGUAUUUUUAAGAGCCAGCAUCUGUCCGUGUUUCUUCUAUGUCAUUGAAUAGGUGGAGCUGCCGUGUCUCCAGUAUAACCCAUGUGGUCCUUAUCUCACCACCCCACCCCUGCAUGACUAGUCCCCAAUUCCUGCUCCCCACCCCCAGCCCAUGUGGGCAGCAUCUGCACAGCCAUAGGGCUUCCACCUUCGUUCCCACCGAGAGUCCUUGGAGCCAGUCUGCCAUUCUAGGAGUCACUGGACACUUUCAUCCUAGAAAUCGGUCACACUACAGUCCUGUCCUUCCCUCUCACCUCCCCUUGGGUCCUGGGAAUGCUGCUGCCUCAGUGACCCCAGAGCCUGAGAAGGGCAGCUGUUUCUUGAGAUGUCAAGAGAUGGUUCUUUCUUGGCUCUGGCUAUCUUGGAAAGCCUGAUGGCAAUCCUGGAAGGAUUUAUACUUCCUUUUGUGAGUUUUGUGGGGAAGGGAAGGGGAUAUAGAUUGUAUUAAAAAAA